AUGAAGCCAGAGGACCUGGGCCCUGGUGGGAGCGGGAGAAGGGGGCUCCGAGGGAGAGCAAUAAACAGCAUUUUGAGCAAAACUAGCCUCCUGCGUCUGUGCGGUCUGCCACUGCCCUCCACUCCCUCCUUCCCGCACGCACACACUUCAAGGUCCCUAACGCCCCCUAUCGGCAGUUGUCAGUAUGGCACGAAUCCAGAUUUGAAAAAUCAAAAUUCAGCCUAUUUGGCAGGAUUCUCAAGCACCCUCACCCCCGUCCAGUCAGGAGCCCCAAGGACAGAGCCCACACCUGCUGUCACCGUGACAACCAUUCACCACAAGCAGAUGUUGCAGGAGCACAUGUCCAUGGAGUUUUCCAGCUCUGCCACUCACAUGCAGGCCUUCUCGGAGACAACUAGAGAGUGAGGCAAGAAGAUAGCAACGAGAAAGUCCUCUAGCACUGCAGAGUUCUUCAGCUUGGUGACCCGUUCUGACGUCCCUGAGUGUGAGAGUGUCCCAGAGUUCCUGGAGAAUCCUCACCCCUCAUGGCGGAGAGGGUCCGUCACUCACCAUGGAAAGCUCAAACCAAACAUCUCCAGGAAGAGGGAGAGCAGCACUCCCAUCAAGGAGUUCCACGGCGACAUGAACAAGGAGCAUGUGCUGAAGCUGGAGCCACUGACUUCUGAUGAGUAUGACAACGCCAUCUAGAUUCUAAAGUCCCUGGAAGACACAGAGACCAAGAUGGACACCAGAGUGACCUUUGACUGCAGCACAGAGCUGAAGGACCCCAAUAUAAGAACAUAUGGAUCAAAUCCCUGGGGUCCCUACGAUGUGAAGCAGGAUGAUACCAAGUACACACUGGGGGUUCCCUCUGUGAACAUGCACGAUGCAAGCACCUACACCCUGGCAGGGGUUGACAAGGCGGUGAGUGCCCAGCUCACAGUGCUAGGUAUGAGUAGUCCCCGGUCUGCCUCCCAGCCUCAAGUGACUGAGGAGACCAAAGAGGCUGUGACCAUCACAUCAAAUGCCCCCAGCCAGGAUGGGGGAGCCCCAGUGCUCAGUUAUAUUGUGGAGCAGAGGAAAAAAGGCAGUAACCUCUGGGUACCAGCCAAUAAAGACCCUAUCCAGGACACCAAGUACACUGUGGUUGGUCUCCUUAAGAACACAGAACAUGAAUUCUGAGUAAUAGCUACAAAUAAGAUUUUCAAUGGUCACAACCUACAAGUGUUUGAGGAGGUCCCCAAUACAGUGAAUCUAACCUGGGACCACAGGCCUGAUGUGCAGGAUACCAGGGACUCCCACUACGUCAUCAUGAAGCAGGAUGCCAGUACAGCCGCCUGCUUCUCUGUAGCCACCAAGUACGCAGCAACAGUGCUGCACUGCCAGGACUGCACCAAGACCUUCACCUUCCUGGGGACCCUGGGGCCCACCAUGACCCUCUACACAAAAGCCACGUCAUCAUGGCCAACCCCAAGUUCUAGUACAAUUCCAGCUACGUGUGCACUAUCGUCAUCUCCACGCUGCAGUGAGCAACAGGACAAGGAUGCAGCUGCUGCAAGUUCACGGUCUGUGAUUCCCCAUGAUCCUCUCGAUAAAGUCCCAACCAACAAGUCUACCCUGAUCCAGUUUUAUCCUCUACCACUGUCUGAACUCUCCAGUGACACUUUGUUUCCAUGGUUACAGACCACUUUCAUCCUGUUACAGAUGCCUUCCCUUAGAGAAAGGACCAUGUCCUGUUGCUCUGUCUCUCAAGUGCUCAAAGUGUCUAGCACUGAGGUGAUGCCUCCGGAGUGA